GCAGAAUUCCUCCAAAUUCGACAACUUUUUUUUUCUGGGUCCUAAAUCAAUUGCAGCCGAGCAGAUCAUUUUUCAACUAUUCAGACCUGUAAUACAUCUUCGAUUCAACAAAACUUCUGAGGUUCUAUUCGGAAGCGUACGGUCUUAUCUCAUAACAUUAACUUAAUUUCACAUCUCUACCUUAUUAGCUACUUUAUUCACUAAAUUCUAAUUCUGCAAAAUGGAAGCUGCCGAUCCUUCGCCGUGGAAGAAGCUUGACCCCGAAAAGCUUCGUCGCGAAGCUGAAAGCAAGGAGGCCAAGCUAAAGAGACAGCAAGAGCAACGAAUCGCAAGAGCCGAAGCCCGCAAAGAAAAGCGUCAUGCCAAGUCCGAAGCGAAGCAGGCGCGUAAGGCGAACGUUGGACGUGCGGCUAAGUGGAACGAAGAGCGCAAGGCGGCGGACAAGUUGAAGAAGCUGGCCAACCGACCACACAAGCAGGAGAAGCGACGUAAGCGCCUGCGCCUGCGUGCUCAGAAGCUGGAGGCGCAAGCUAUCAAGCUGAUGGCUGAGGCGCAGAGGGCAAAGGCCCGCGCCGAUCUUCUCGACGAGCAGCGCGAGAAAGAAGAAGCCGAGAAGAAAGAACAAGCUGGAAAGAACGAGCCGUCUAACGAGGCUGAGAAGAUGGACGUCGAUUCCGAAGAUGACGUCGAGUCCGAAGAUGACGUCGAGUCCGAAGAUGACGACUACAUCCCUCUUGAUGACUCCAAGCCUCGUAAGAAGGCCAAGAAGGAAGGAGUAGAUGGCGAAGAUAAAGCGUCCGCUAAGAAGGAAAAGAAGGACAAGAAAAAGAAGAAGGAGGAAAAGAAAGCCGAGAAGCGCAAGCGCAAGGCAGAGGAGGAGGAAGACGCUGGCGAAUCUAGCGAUUCGUCUGACGGUGGUGCGGAAUUAACCAAGGAGGAGAAGAAAAAGAAGAAGAGAAAGCUAGAGAAGGCCGCCGAGGAACAGGAAGCCGAGCAAGUCGAGGCGCCCAAGGAAAAGAAGGAGAAGAAGAAGAAGCGCAAGGACAAGGAACAGGCCGAGGAGUACGUGUCAGCCGCCACCGUUGAAGCUGGAGGGAAUACUAACGGCGGCGAGCAGUGGAACGCCCAAGCCCUAGACGGCGACGACAAGAGGAAGGAGAAAUUCCUCCGUCUUCUCGGCGCGAAGAAAUCCAACGGCGCAUCGGACGCAGGGAACCGUACGGCGCCCUCGGCUUCGAAGGCGUAUAUUGACCGAGUCCAGCACGACCUAGAGCGACAGUAUGACAUGGGGAUGAGGAUGAAGAACGAAGGCCAGGGUCAGAAGAGGGGUCUUGGAGCAUGAUUGGUCGUAAUUUUUUAUCUGUAUUUAUACGAAAAAGGGCGUUUUGAAAGGUCAAGGCUUUAUACCAUCUGAUUCGAGGCACCCGCACUCGCGAGCGCUGGAUUAGUCUAGCUGCUCUCAUGAUAUCAAUUAAGAUAUUCCAAUGCUAGUUGUACGCAUUUGAACAGAACACAUGU